CCGCGAUCACUGAAAGUUUAUGGAACUGCACCACCUGCUUAUGUAAAAUUCAUAGAUGAAUCGUGGACCUUUCCAUCUCUUCCAACUUACCGAAAGUAACAUAGUCCCUGAUCAACGAUGACCACACAGGCAAGGGCAUACACAUCUGCGCCUACUGAUGGAUCCCGGACGAUUACGCUGCGCGAUUCGCAGCCACGAUCAGAAGAUGACGCUGGUCGGUCUGGUGACUCGACGGUCGUGGGAGCUCUUAGAUUACGGGGGGAACCACGCAAGACUCGUCAGCGAGUUGCAUGGGAUGAAGAUGUGAUUGACAACGAGGGAUGCGGAAAGAAAAAGUCAAAGAUCUGCUGUAUAUACCACAAGCCUCGACGGUUUGAUGAAUCGUCCGAGGAAGAAUCAUCUGAGUCAGACUCUGAUUCAAGCUGUCAGCACAGUAAUUGUCCACGUCAGAGACGGAUGCAUCAUCCCGAAGGAGACGGGCAUAGUGAGGGACUUGCUACCCGCGACGCACCUAAUGUUCAUGAACCAGAAGAAGCGGGCUCGAGUGGUAACGCGUAUGAGCGCGCUCCCAAGAGUAGAAGGAAUUAGGUUACCCGCUGCUAAUGAUAUCCUUGGUACUCUACCGAUAGUUUUGUAGAAUAUAUAAUACGUUUAUUCGCAUACCUUCUGGCAGGAGUUGAUGAAGCCUUGAGCCUACCACAUACAUUCGGAUUAUUGGUUGGACAUAUUUGAAGUAUGUUGCUCCCGGAGUCUGCAAUUCAUACAACUUGAACUUUA